AUGCCUACCAAGCAUUUGCAUUGGAUGAACGGCGAUAGGCUUCUGUCCCAACGAUAUGGGAGUCACCACGCGAGAAGACUCAUCCACCUUUCAAAGACUUUAAGACAAUGCUGGCUAUCAAGAUUCGAGCGGCAGCGAUCUGACGUUGGCGUGGAUCAUGACCCAGCUGUCUUGCACGUUCUGAAUUUUACCCCGUUCUACGAUACUCGAGAAGAUCCGGUGCCAGCAGAGGUACGAAGGUAUGGUAUGGGCGUGAUCAAUCAAGACAGGUCCGCAAACCAGGCGAAUAUCAUCUUACCGAUCCGAAUACCGAAGAGCCCUACCCCAAGUUUUGAAGAAGACCUGCGAGUUCAUGCAUCAAUCUGUGCGGAAUCGAAUAGGGAGUAA